AUGAAUGCACAGAAGGCACGCGUUGCAUGUAUGUCAAAUAAGUUUAAAAACAUAAGAGAAAUAGGAGAGGAUACAUAUCAAGUGAUGCUCAAAGAUAGAUUUUAUAGAUGUGAAACAUGUUUACAAGAGGCAUUCUUUACUUUAGAUAAUGCUAAAUACUGGUAUUUGGUUUUCAUUUAUGAUUUUAUGUAUAAAUGCAUGAAUGUUAAUCGUUUUCAUUUCAUUGAAGGUGAUACUGAUUCAUCUUAUUGGGCAAUCGCUGGUGAUCCAAAUCUUCCUAACACUCAAGCAUUUCAGGCGAUUAUAACCGAUAAACAAUUUUAUGAUAAAAACAUUUUCAAAUUCGCACCUUUUAAUUUCUUCUGUUUUGAUGAGAAAUUUAAACCUAAAUUAAAGAAUAAAGUUGAAGAAAAAGCACAUGAGAAGAAGUUAUUGGGUUUAGCAAUUGAGAAACAAGGUGAUAACAUGGUUGCUUUAUGCCCCAAGUGUUAUACAUCAUUCAACGAUUCAAUUGAUGGAGGUGAUUUUAAAAAGAUUGCACAAAAAAUGAAAGGUGUUAGUUUACGACAAAAUAAACAAUUAACACCUAAAAAUUAUUUGGAUAUAAUAAAUGAUAAAGUGAUAUUUGAUGGUCAGAAUAUUAAUUUACAACUUAAAAACAGGACGAUGACUCGCUUAACAAUCGGUAAGACUGCAUUAACAGGAGCACACACUAAGGCUGUAUGUUGUGAAAAUGGAUGUUGUAUGCCAUUUAUUUAA